AUGGAUGAGAGCACAUGUUCAUCAGCUGCUGAGAAAGGGAAUUUGGAAGUCCUCAAGUAUGCCCAUGAAAAUGGCUGCCCAUGGGAUGAGAGCACAUGUUCAUCAGCUGCUGAGAAUGGUCACUUGGAAGUCAUCAAGUAUGCCCAUGAAAAUGACUGUCCAUGGUAUGAAGACACUUGUCAAGUUGCUGCGCAACAGGGAGAGUUGGAAGUCCUCAAGUAUCUCCAUGAAAAUGGCUGCCCAUGGUAUGAUCGUGAAAUAUGUGCACUUGCUGUUGAGAUUGGGGAUAUUGAAACGCUCAAGUAUGCCCAUGAAAAUGGCUGCCCAUUUCCUUGGGAUGCAUGUGAAGUUGCUGCUGGAGAGGGGCACUUGGAAAUCCUCAAGUAUGCCCAUGAAAAUGGCUAUCGAGGGUAUGGGGACCCAUGUGCAGCAGCUGCUGAGUAUGGACAGUUGGAAGCCCUCAAAUAUCUCCAUGAAAAUGGCUUUCGAUGGUAUUUGUCCACAUGUUUAGAAGCUGCUAGAGAAGGACAUUUGGAAGCCCUCAAGUAUGCCCAUGAAAAUGGCUGUCCAUGGGAUAAGGACGUAUGUAGCGUUGCUGCUAUGAAUGGACAUUUGGAAAUCCUCGAAUAUCUCCAGGAUAACGGUUGUCCGUGGCAUUUGUAUGGAGAGUUGGAAGCCAUCGAGUUCGCCCUUGACCAUGGUGUUGAGUGGUACUGUUUUAUAGGGUGCCCUCGUAGUGAAUGGCAAUACUAG